AACGCAUCAUUAUCGCCGCCUGUCACCGGAUGGUGGCGCGUGAACCCGUGGAGCUUCCAAGCUAGGCUACUGAACUGAAAAAGAAACUGCGUCGUUUUAUCCUCGGUCAUUUUGCCAACUAUUGGUAACAAGAGCAGCUGCUAGCAGAAAGAUCUAGGGGUUUUGGUGACCAACAUGAGGAGACAGGAACAGCAGCCAGACCGACCAGCAACAGGCUACCUCCCUGUGUCACUUUUUAACCAGAGGAGGAGAAACAGAAUUCCUCUGAAAUCUGUUCCUAGUGAGAAUGAAUUCUUUUCCCCAAGUGAAUACGCGGCCAGCACCAGUUCAGCUGAUUGUCUCGGCCCCUCAGGUACAUUUGUAUGUCCCCAGGUCUCAGAGUCUUCUUCUAGUGCCCCACAAAGUCAUCAGUGGAACAGAAAAGCUGUCCCAGAGUCUUCUAAACCCCAGCAGUAUGGCAACAACAGACCUGCACCUGGACCUUCUACAAUGAGAAGCUACACACCCAUAUCACAUCCCUACAAAGCUGGGGCCAAAAGCUCCAUGAUGGGCCUACAUGGCAAUCCAGCGGGACACUGGGAUUCCAGCUCUGUCGUUAGUUCCAGACAGGGCAAAGUUCAACAUCUUUAUGGCAACGAGAACUCACAAAGCAAGCCAGCACACCAUAAAGGAGCCUCUCAGAUGGCUCAGCAGUCGUCCUACAUACAAACCUUCUCUACGUACCAGUAUUCCCAGCAGUCUAGACCUCUUCUUCCUCCUGAAGCUCAACCCAAAAGGCCCUCUGCCCAUGCUGCAGAGCAACCUAACAAGUCAUGGAAAUUUACUAACAGCUUUGAGCAAGAAAAAUCUAACUUUACUGUAAAAAAGAGCUCAGCUCAACCUCAAACAUCUCAACCAACCAGGAAUCAGGAAAGGGCUCCAGUAAAGCCAGCUGUGGAAAAUUCCCUGAGGAUCCUGACUACAGUUAUUAUUGGAAUGAGACACUGGAGCCAGUUUAAAGACAAGGUUCCUUACUUAUUCGAGAUCUUUGCUACUCUGGACUCUGCAGUCACACUGGGCCGCUACGGAGCCAAGAACUUUCUCAUGAGAGAUGGAAAGGAUGUGAUGCAGUGUGUCUUUUAUGAAAAUGAGCAGGUGCUGCCACGCCUCAUCCGCGGUCAGGUCCAUCGCUGCGUAGGCAACUACGACCGCAGCAGAGACGUCCUCAUCUGUGUGUCUGUCAGAGCCGGCCUGCCGUCAGAGCUGAGGAACGCUCUGGAAGCUGUCAAAGUCUCAGAUGCAGAAAUGAGAGCACUGGUCAAGAUACUCAGCGAAGUUUGAGCAGCAGCUGUUCUCGCUGGUCAAAGGUUCAGGUUUAUGGGAAGAUUUCUAGAUAUUAUAGUCUGUUGAAAAUGCAAGGUAGUUUUAGCAAACAGUUAGUUAUUGUUGAUGUUUGCUGUUUUCCCUGAAAGGAUGCUGUUUCUAUGGGGUUGUAGUUUGUUAAAAUCAGUUAAAUGUUCUCCUUUAGUAUAUUUGUUUUUGUGAACAAAUAUACAUUUUAUUUGAGCCGAACUUUAACAGAAAGUAAAGUGUCUGUUCUUUGAA